AUGAACUUUAUUCCGGUUAAACCUGAUUGGUCAGGUGACUCAGAGGGGAAAUCCCCUCAUUGGAAAGUGCAGUCAUUCCUCGGACUCUCAUUGGCCGUCUGGGCGGGACUCCGCCAGCGGACCAAUGGGAGGCCGCGUCAAUAUUUACUUCUCCUGACGACAGUGACGUUUAUCACGGAAGUAAACAUAAAGGAGGCAGAGAGGAUUAAAAGCUGCGUCACAAAGUUUCUCACUUUGUUUCAGAGUGUAGAAGUCUUAAAGUGUGUGUUUUCUGUCCGGAGUCUGGUUCAGUUCAGAGUCUGCAGUGUUCCCGGUAACUGGAGCAGGAUGUCGGUGACGGUGAAGGCCUACCUGUUGGGGAAGGACGAGUCUGUGAAAGAGGUCCGGAGGUUCGCCGUGGAUCAGGACGUGUCCUCCAGCUUCGAGUAUCUGAGCAGGAAAACAGCGGGAGUGUUCAAUAAUCUGAAGAGCAACGGCUUCAACAUGUACUACAGAGAUGAAGAUGGAGACCUGGUGGCGUUUUCCUCUGAUGAUGAGCUGAUGAUGGGUCUGGCCUGCAUGAAGGACGCCACCUUCCGCCUUUUCAUCAAAGAGAAGAAGGAGCACCGUCAAAACUUUCCUCUUCACGCCUUCCCUCCCUUCACCUUCGGCCAUCCUCCUCCUCCUCCACCUGGAGCUCCUCUGGCCCCACCCCCUGCCCUGCACCCUAACGUCACCUGUGACGGCUGCAACGGCCCCGUGGUGGGAACCCGCUUCAAGUGUUCGGUUUGUCCGAACUACGACCUGUGCUCCGCCUGCCAGGCUCGAGGGACGCACACUGAGCACGCUCUGCUGCCCAUCUGGCACCCGCUGCAGUGGUUUCCUCGGGGGAAGUGGAUGAAGAGGAUGAAACACUGCAUGUGGAACCAGAACCAUGCUCAGAACCUGAACGUGAACCAGGAUCAGGAUCAGGAACGGCCUGAAUCCUCCAAACCUGCUGCUGACUGCAGCGCCCCCUCUGCCUCUCAGGCCAACGUGGACUACCUGAAAAACAUCGGAGAGGAGGUGGCGGCCAUGUUGAGCCCACUGGGUAUCGACGUGGACAUCGAUGUGGAGCACGAGGGCCAGAGGACGAAGGUGACCCCUCCCUCUCAGAGUGCGGGGGUGGAGAGAAACAUGGAGACGGACGGAGGUAUCAGUGAGGGUGGAGCCAGCGAGGGGUCAAAGGUCAGUUCGUCAUCGUCAGAAGAAGAAACCGUUCAGGUAUGCAGAGACUCUGAUGAGGAGUGGACUCACCUGAACCCCAGAGAGGUCGACCCCUCCACCGGAGAGCUGCAGUCCCUCCAGCCCGGGAACCAGGACCAGGACCCCCCGUCGGGACAGCAGGGGCCAACAGGUCUGAGGGAAGCAGCUCUUUACCCUCACCUGCCUCAAGAGGCGGACCCCCGCCUGGUGGAGUCUCUGUCUCUCAUGCUGUCGAUGGGUUUCACCGAUGAAGGCGGCUGGUUGACUCGUCUCCUUCAGGCCAAAAACUUCGACAUCGGCGCCGCGCUUGACGCCAUCCAGUAUGCCAAACAACCCCACCCACACCAGCCCUGAUGACGUCACCACUGACAUCAUCUUUACUAAACCAAUGACAUUAACCGUGAUUUAUACUACAGUCAGAUGUUCCUGUUUCCUGUAAUCUGAGUUAAUAAUCUGUCAGCUGCUGCUACUGUUAGCAUGAAUCAAUACUUUACUCAUUGAUUGUUUCUACUUCUUUAUUAGUCAUCGACAUGUUGCUGUUAUCUGUACAAUAAAAACAUGAACUGAA